AGUACUAGGGUAUGUGUGUGAUUGUGAGUGUGGUUAAAGCUCGCCGAGCAGCAGGAACUCAGAAACUUCACUGUGUUCAACUCAACGAGGGAGAUUUCUGACCGGAGAUUUUGACGGUUCAGGAGCCGACUCGGCUGCUUUCAGUCCAGCUGUGAUCGACGGAGGAGGACCCGGUCCCCGGUUCUCAGCAUUGGAACGAUUUCCGGCCAACAUGGAUGAUUUAGAUGCUUUGUUGGCGGACCUUGAGUCCACAACAUCCCACAUUUCCAAGCGCCCACUCUUCCUGUCUGACGACACUGCCUACUCCAUCCCUGUUGGGGGUCAGAUCCAGCAAGACAUCUGCUCCCCACCCCAAGUCCCAUCAACCUCUGAGCUAAACGGACUAGAUGAAACAGAGUCCUUCAGCUCAGCUCAGAGAAGUCCCUGGUCUAGAGAAAGCAGCAGUCCAACGCAACCCACUGGUGAAGAGGACCACGUUUACAGCUUCCCUAAUAAGCAGAAGAAUAGUGACUCAUCAGCUGUUGCCAUGAACUCGUCCUUGGGGAGCAACCUGUCUGAGCUUGACCGCCUGCUGUUGGAGCUCAAUGCUGUCCAGCAGAGCACCCCUGCCUUCCCCACAGAAGAAGAAACAGCACCACCACUGCCUGCAUGUAGCAUCAUCCACCAUAUCCAGGAGAAUGGAAUCUCUAAUGAUGGCAAAGUGGCUCCACCUGUGUUACUGAAGCCUAAACGCGGUGUAGCAGCUCGAGGAAUAGAGGAUGUACGACCGAGUGUAGAGAGUCUUCUAGAUGAGCUGGAAAGUUCUGUUCCCUCACCUGUUCCCACACCAUUGGUUGUGUCAGACGAACAAACAGAUGGACAAGAAGAAACACCUUCACAACAGCAAGCCAGGAUGUCUGCCUCCUCUGCCACACGAGAGCUGGACGAGCUAAUGGCCUCCCUGUCUGACUUCAAGGUCCAAAGCAAUAUCCAGUCACAAGGAAAGACUUCUCCCACGGGUCCCCCCAAACCUGCCAACAAGCUGGACAACAUGCUGGGAAGCCUGCAGUCUGAUCUCAACCGACUCGGAGUCCAGACGGUGGCUAAAGGUGUCUGUGGAGCCUGCAAGAAACCCAUUGUUGGACAGGUGGUGACAGCCAUGGGCAGAACAUGGCACCCUGAGCACUUUGUGUGCACCCACUGCCAGGAGGAGAUUGGAUCCAGAAACUUCUUUGAGCGUGAGGGGCAGCCUUACUGUGAGAAAGAUUACCACAGCCUGUUCUCGCCGAGAUGCCACUACUGCAACGGACCCAUUCUGGAUAAAGUAGUGACUGCUUUGGACAAGACUUGGCAUCCGGAGCAUUUCUUUUGUGCCCAGUGUGGAGCCUUCUUUGGACCAGAAGGUUUCCAUGAGAAGGAUGGAAAGGCGUUCUGCAGGAAAGAUUACUUUGACAUGUUUGCCCCUAAAUGUGGCGGCUGUGUCCGUGCUAUCCUGGAGAACUACAUCUCUGCUCUGAACUCACUCUGGCACCCAGAAUGCUUCGUCUGCAGGGAGUGCUUCACGCCGUUCAUAAAUGGCAGCUUCUUCGACCACGAGGGACAGCCAUACUGCGAGGCUCACUACCACGAGCGGCGCGGCUCACUGUGCUCCGGCUGCCAGAAGCCAAUCACCGGCCGCUGCAUCACGGCCAUGGGCAAGAAGUUCCACCCGGAGCACUUUGUGUGUGCUUUCUGCCUCAAGCAGCUCAACAAAGGCACCUUCAAGGAGCAGAACGACAAGCCGUACUGCCAGGGCUGCUUUGUUAAACUCUUCAGCUAGGCCAUGUGUGUAUCAAUGUGUGUGCACAAGUCUACACGUUUAUUGACAUGACUGAGUGCAUGUGUGGGUGUGUGUCACAUGUCUAGCAUGUCUGAGUGGGUGAAGUGAUUACAGAGUCUGAGGGUGUGGAUUAUAUCAUAAAGGGGAUAAAUGUUGUUUCUGACUUUUCACCCCUUCUGUCCGACCUCUCAGGCUCGGCAUUUCACACUUUUGCUAAAGACAUUUUUAACAGAGCCCAAAGAGAUUUUUAUUUCAACUUUUAUUCCUCUGUGCAACAAAGAAAGUAAGUGUAUUUGUCCUUGUAUGUGUGUACAUUCACUAGCAUACACAGGCGAAAGUAAGACCUUAUUUGUAAAUGAUUUUAUUCCCCCCUCACAGGGCCAGACCCUGCACCAUGUGGAGGUUUUAUGCAUGGACCAGGGGGUCAAUGUUGGCAGUUUCAAAAUCCUUUGAGUGUUUAAUAUCUACUUCUUGGCCACUGAGUGUUGGAAUAAUCUGUGUAAAAGAUGUAUUUUUCUAGCUUUGGAAAUGAUUGAGGUGCCAUUGAAAUACUCCAUAUCUACAUGCACACACACAUACACUGAACUCUUUCGUCUUCAUUUCUCUAAAGCUGCGGUUCAAACUCUUUGCACACUCCAACCACAGAUCUCUUGAUGAGACCGUCUUAAGGUGCAUUUUGCAGGUGUCAACAAGAUUAUUAUUUUUCUACUAUUUUACAAUGAAAAAGAUCAGCCUAUAUGACAUUCACAUUUGUGCUCUUGUAAAUUCAUCAUCUAACACUGAAAGUGAAAUCGAACAUCAGUAACAUCCUUGUAGCCAUUAAGACCUUUUUGUUUUCGCACCCAUUUAUCUGAAUAGGUGCAAUUCAUGAUGACAAAAAAGUGGCUCUAUGAUAAUAUGAGGAGGCAGAAUGGUUAUUAGUAUAAGAAUUAUAGUGCAAUCAAAUCUGCCAAAUCAUAGUUGGAUUUCUUUAAAGUUAAGAAAAUCAUGUCAGAAUAAUGUUUGAAUGUUUCAGUCCAAUCAUUUUCCCUUCUUUUAUUAUUGCUACUAUUGUGAAUUGAUCACUGUAUGAAAUCUAUCAGUAUGGCUGGUUCAGGGUUUAAUUUGUUGUGCAUUUGGAUUUCAAGCAUGCUUUCUUUUAUGUGGAGUUUUAUCAGCACUCGCUGCCGGCCGCUGUUACAAUCAGACUCUAGCAUUUAUACAGCUGCAGUGUGCUCAACUUUGUGACAGAACUGUGUUUUGUCGCUGUUUUUAUGAAAAUAAAUAUAUAUUUUUGAGCUGUUUGGGCUCACACUGAUAUGCAGAGAGCUGGCUCUAUUGGCAUUUAGGCCAACAUUAGUUGACCGUGUUGUUAAACAAAAACCAGCUUUGAUUCCAGUGUCAGACUUUUAAAAGAAACACAGCCCAUCUGAUUGACAGCUGGUCAGGAAUCCGAAUGAGACAAUGAGCCAGGGCCAAGCUUUUAAAAUCUAUGUAAACAGUCUUUUCAACUUGAUUUUACUUGCAGCCUUAUUUCAACAUGAGACGAUGUGCUUAUUCUAACAAUGUGUUUGUCUUUCAUUUGGAUCACUAAGUGUGCAACGAGUGAAUACACAUCCAGAUUGUUUUACUUUGAGAAGAUGUUUGCUUUUGUGCCAAAUGUGUCAAUGCAAUAAGGUCUUAUACACUGUGGAGUUGUAAAUCUUUCCUGUGAUUUGACUCUUUCUGUGCUUAAGUCUGGGGGAGGCUUUGUCUGCUGUGGUUUCGCCCAAAGGUUUACACUGUAAUAAGAAGAGCAAAGAUUAAAAAAAAAAUCAUCUAUACAGAGUCAUUCAGCAGACAGUAUAGUGUUCACUUGUAGCUGAUUCAGAUUUACAGGAAGUAGCAGCGGGAAAUUAACAAACGUUCUGGGUUAAUUUGCCAUAUAUAUAUUUAUCCACUUACAUAAUAUCGCCUUAUAAAUGUCACUUUUGUCAGAGAAAUCGUGAAAAUAAAUAAACGUCUUUUCUGUUCAUGACAUUAGAACUGUGAACUUUGCUCUGCACAUGGAGAUCUUUUACCAUCUGAAUUUUCACCGGGCUCCCUGUGUGGUUGGGGUGUAAGACUGUGUCUGUCCUGAUUUCUGACUGAUAUCUGCAGCAAAUAAACGAGAACUUUAAUUCUGG